AUGGCGGGGGAGGGCGUCGGGCGGUGCAUACUGGUGGGGCUGCACAUGGACGCCGUCGGCAAGGAGCUUCUGCAGUGGGCGCUCAACCAGGCGGCCAGGAGCGGCGACCGCGUCGUCGCCGUCCACAUUUACCGCAAAUCCGGAGACCUGUGCAAGACGAACGCGCUGACGCUGAUCAGGACGCUGGACGACUACCUGGCGGAGUACGAGGCCAUCUGCAGCAAGAAAGACAUCGUCCUCGUGGGGCGGGUCACGCCGGGGAGCUCGAUCCAGAAGGUGCUGGUGAAGGAGGCCAAGCUCUGCGCGGCCAUGGUGGUGGUGAUCGGCGCCAACAAGAAGUACUCCUUCGGUGGCUCGACCGGCCUCGCCAAGUACUGCGCCAGGAAGCUCCCGGCGACGACCAGCGUCGUCGCCAUCCAGGGCGGCAAGGCCAUCUUCGUCAGGGAGGCCCCCCGGCCGCCACUUGGAGCAGAGCCCAAGCCGGUGCUCCGCACGCUGCUGCACCCCAGCGUCGGCAUGGAGCCCAAGGUGAUCAUCCCCAACCCCAACCGCCGGAGCGCGCGGUCCAUGGACUUCGACGCCACGGGCUGCGGCCAGUGCGCCGCGCCGCCGCAGCCCAAGAAGCCCUGCGACGACCACGACGCCGCCGACGCCAAGGCCCUCGUCGUGCGCGUGCCGGCGCCAGAGCAGAAGCUCGGCUGGCCUUUGCUCCGGCGCGCGCCUCCCGCAGCGCAGGCCACGACGAGAGACCACGAGACGACGCGCAAGCAGUCGGUGGUGCACUGGGUGAUGAGCCUGCCGCGGCGCUCCUCGCCGUCGGCGUCCCCGGAACCGGCGCAGGAGGGGCUGGCGGCCGAGCUGAGGCGGGCGCUCGCCGGCGCGCCGUCCCGGUGCCGGUGGUUCCGGUACGAGGAGCUGUACGACGCCACGAACCACUUCUCCCCCGGCAACCUGGUGGGCAAGGGCGCGCACAGCCGGGUGUACCGGGGCGGGCUGGCGAGCGGGCAGCGGGUGGCGAUCAAGCUGUGCCGGGCGUCGGCGGAGGCGUCCAAGGACUUCCUCCGGGAGGUGGACAUCAUCACCAAGCUGCAGCACGGCCGCAUCGUGCCGCUCGUCGGCGUCUGCGUGGAAGGCCCCAACCUCAUCUCCGUCUACCGCUACCUCCCCCGCGGCAGCCUCGAGGACAACCUGCACGGGAAGAAGAGGUCGAAGCCGGCGCUGCCGUGGGAGAAGAGGUACCGGGCGGCGGUCGGGGUGGCCGAGGCCCUGAGCUACGUGCACUCCGGCUGCUCGCGGCCGGUGAUCCACCGCGACGUCAAGUCCUCCAACAUCCUCCUCACGGACGACUUCGAGCCCCAGUUGUCCGAUUUCGGGCUCGCGAUCUGGGCGCCGUCCAGCCCGUCGUCCCUCACGCACAGCGACGUCGUCGGCACCUUCGGGUACGUCUUCUUCUUGUACCUAGCGCCGGAGUACUUCAUGUACGGGAAGGUGACGGACAAGGUGGACGUGUACGCGUUCGGGGUGGUGCUGCUGGAGCUCCUCACCGGGCGGAGGCCCAUCACCGGCGACGGCUCACCGAAGGGCCACCACCAAAGUCUCGUCAUGUGGGCGACUCCGAUCCUCAACGGCGGCGACAUCUCCGACCUGCUGGACCCGAGCCUGGACGUGAAGCACGACGAGGUGGAGGUGCGGCGAAUGGGCGUCGCGGCGUCGCUCUGCCUCGGGAGGUCGGCGCGCCUUAGGCCCCCGAUAUCGCAGAUUCUGAGCAUACUACGAGGAGAAGAGGACGCGACGAGCUUGGCGGCGUCGGAGCCGGACUGCGUGGUGGACGACGAGACCUACCCGGCGGCCAACGUGAGGUCGCACCUAGGGCUGGCGCUGCUGGACGUGGAGGACGCCGAGUCCAUCUCCAGCACCGAGCACACCAACCUCAGCCCGCUCGAGGAGUACCUCAGAGAACGCUGCAGCCGAUCAUCCAGCUUCGAUUGA